ACUCAUUUGCUUGCUUUAUGACACUUUGGUGUUAUCCAUUUGCAUGUUUAUUCCUAACCAACAAUACCCAACUCGAUGUUCAUUAACACUGUUCAAUAUUGCCAUGUUGUUCCCAGGAUUGAGUGUGUUUAGUGUGUGUUACUGCAAGUGUAAUCAUGACAAUUCAAUAAUUCACCCAAAAUUGGAUUAACGUACAUCACCGAGGGAUAUUCUUCCAGUUGAAUUGUAAGCUAACAUCUAGAAAGACUCGUUGUAUCUCGAACAAAGCCAGCCAUUUCUUCACUCAUUUUCCACAUGCCUCGACAUCCGUGUGGACGCACAACAGACGUAUGUGAAGUGCUACUUUCCCACGUAGGAUCUGCAGAUGUAAUCGAAAAUCCAUUGUACGAGACUAUUUGGAGAAACUAGAUCAAGAGGUAGAAUAGCAUAAUCAUCCCCACGGAAUAGUCAUCAAGCUAAUACUUAAUUCACCGUGCUCCAAUGAUGGGAGCGUUUGGUCUCUGUAAUAGAAUAGGCCGUCAGAAGAAUAACGGCUGACAAUGGUUGAAAAGAAGAAGCUGGUUCAAUGUCAUCGAAGUACGUUGCACUACCUACACGUCAUGGCAAGAUAGUCCAGUGAAUAGUAUGACGGGCUAUUCAGAUCCACAUUUUGUUAGGGCACUCUCUCGUGAUCCAGACAGGCGGACACUUCAGGAUCUCCAGAUCAUUUACUACGGAUUACUCGGAUUGGAAGCAUUACGGCCAUGCAGAGACUCACUUCUCCGUGAACUCUGCAAGAUUGUUAGAUAUGAGAGGCACCACGCGAAUCAUGUAUUAUAUUACACCGGUGAAUUGGCAACGAGUUGGUACAUCCUCCUUUCCGGUUCAGUCUUCAUCGAUGGAUCAAUGUUUUUGCCUCGCUCAAGCUUUGGGAAGAGAACCGGCGGUAGCCCGAGACGUCCUAACGAGUGCUUCGUCCUCGAGGCCUCUGAAAUGAUAGCCAUUGAUUACCCGGAAGAGCAUGCCGGUGGGAAAAUGUCCCGACCUUCACACCCUCAACCUAUCGGCGAUGCACGCCAGGUCAAUUUCGUUUUCGACGAUACGUUCACGCAGGGCCUUGCGGGCAGGCCUGAGCUGUACCAAAAGUCCAACAGGAGUAGUCACUCCAGUGACACUAGCUCAGCGUACAGUGGGUCUGACACAAUGACAUCCGUCCAGGGCUCAUUGGAUGCUGAUAACGAUGAAGUGGAUUUUUCUGGUCUCGUUGAGUCCAUCGUUGAUAGCGAUGAAGAGGAGGAUUUGGCUGAGAGCAUGGAUAGCUUGACUGUUCGCGAUACAGUGCGUGAAUGCCUCGAGAAAGAUCCAGCGGAGCGAACCGAAGACGACAUUGAAAUCCUCCUGGAGUUCACCCAGCAUUUGAAAGCCUUCACCAACAUGACACUCGCUGUACGGCGAGCGCUGUGCGCUGUUAUGGUAUUCGCAGUGGUUGAGCAUGCAGGUAUGAUCGUGCUGAACGACGGUGAAGAACUUGACAGUUGGAGUGUUUUGAUAAAUGGUGCUGUUGAGAUUGAACACAGCGAUGGAACAAUCGAACACCUUCACCUUGGUGAUAGUUUUGGUAUUCUCCCCACUAUGGAGAGAUUACUUCACAAGGGUGUUAUGCGAACCAAGUGUAAUGAUUGUCAAUUCGUGUGUGUAACGCAGGCUGACUAUUUUCGUAUUCAGCAUCAGGGUGAGGAGAAUACGAGGAGGCACGAAGAGAACGGUAGAGUAAUUCUUGUAACAGAAUUACGUGGUGCUAUUGACGGUGGUAAUCGUCGUGGUCACGUUGUCAUCCGAGGUACACCGGAGCGUUUAAUGCUUCAGUUGAUCGAGGAAAAUAGUAUAACAGAUCCUACCUAUGUCGAGGAUUUUUUAUUGACCCACAGAACGUUUAUCGAGAGCCCUUUGUUGGUGGCUGAUCAACUACUGGAGUGGUUCAGUCAGUCACACGUGAGAGAUCGUGUAGCACGAGUUGUGCUCCUAUGGGUUAACAAUCACUUCACUGAUUUCGAGACAGACCCCUCGAUGAUGGAGUUUCUGGAGGCAUUUGAGAGCGCCCUCGAACGUGAAAAAAUGCUGGGACAGCAGAGAUUAUUGAACAUUGCUUGUGGUGCGAAAGCAAGAACUAGAAACGUCACCCUGGCACGACCCACCCGGGAUGAGGUUCUCCACUUCAGUAUUCUCGGUGGUUACGAGAGGGGCUAUGGUAUAUUCAUAUCAAAAGUCGAUAAGCGAUCGAAAGCUGAGGAUGUGGGACUGAAACGAGGAGAUCAGAUACUGGAGGUAAAUGGCCAGCGUUUUGAACACGUCAGUCAUGCACGAGCCCUCGAGUUGCUUCGUAGUUCAACUCAUCUCAGUAUAACAGUCAAAUCGAAUCUGCUGGCUUUCAAGGAGAUGCUUCAGGCACCGGAUAAUUCACCGAGACCCAGGGGCCGAAUUCCUAAACCGGAAAUACCAAGGAUACAACCGGAUCCGCGAGCUAGAUUAUCGACUCAUGUAGAUCCACUCCUGACGAACACCCAGCUGAAUCCCAUGGUGGGUGGUGUUCCACUUUUCACGAAUGAUAACAAUGUUUCUCCCUGCAAGGAUCCGAAAAAAGAGCACAAGGGCUUCAUGACACUCGGCCCCAAGAGAAGAUUCCAAAAAGCUCUGAUGAAGAUGAACAUAUUGCCAAAGAACACUAUAAAUUCUGGUGUGCAUGCUGACGACUCUCUGGCACCUCCUCAUACACCACCUGGCACCGGUCUAUCCCAUACAACGAAUCUCUAUCACUCGAGAAGUAAUCCAGAUUUAACAUCCCUCUACUGCUACGAGGAUUCACGUGCACCAGAUUAUCCUGAGCACGUGCUCAAAGUGUAUAAGGCUGAUCAAACAUGCAAGUACCUGCCAGUUCACAAGGAGACAACGGCCCACGAGGUUGUGAUGCUGGCACUCCAGGAGUUCGGUAUAACCGAGAGUAGUUCGAAUUUUUCACUGGCUGAGGUCAGUGUUGGUGAGGGCGGAAUGAUAAAACAGCGAAGACUACCAGAUCAAUUGCAGAAUCUUGCUGAGAGAAUAGGCUUAAAUUCACGGUAUUACCUGAGGAUAAAUGGUGUAUCUGAGACACUAGUGGCCGAUGAUCAAGCACCGGAAUUAAUACGUGAAUCUCAAGUGCACUUUCUUCAAUUGAAUGCUGUUGAAGUGGCAAUACAAUUGACAUUACAAGACUUUAGCAUAUUUCGACAAAUUGAAUCGACAGAAUACGUCGAUGAUUUAUUUGAACUCAAGAGUAGGUAUGGUGUACCUAUGCUCAGCCAAUUUGCUGAACUAGUCAACAGGGAGAUGUUUUGGGUAGUGACGGAGGUGUGUUCGGAGUACAAUCUCGUAAAGAGAAGUAAAAUUAUUAAGCAGUUUAUUAAGAUAGCGCGACAGUGCAAGGAGUGUAAGAACUUUAAUUCAAUGUUCGCUAUUGUCUCGGGUCUUGGGCAUGGGGCGGUGUCAAGAUUGCGCGCCUCGUGGGAAAAAUUACCGAGUAAAUAUCAGAGAUUAUUCAGUGAUCUGCAGGAGCUCAUGGAUCCCAGCAGAAAUAUGAGUAAAUAUCGACAGCUGGUGGCAUCCGAGCAGACACAACCGCCCAUUAUUCCCUUCUACCCAGUUGUCAAGAAGGAUCUUACGUUCAUUCAUCUGGGAAACGAUUCACGAGUCGAGGGUCUCGUGAAUUUCGAAAAACUCAGAAUGAUAGCGAAGGAGGUGAGGACACUCACCAACAUGUGCUCGUCACCCUACGAUUUGCUGACAAUGCUGGAGAGAGGGGGACAGCCACCGAGUUCAGCGAUGGUGGCAUUAAAUCAGAUGACAACUGCCAAUCAGGGGGGCCAGACAGCCACUGUGAAACGUAGGAAGAAGUCGACAGCUGCCCCGAAUUCGAAGAAAAUGUUCGAGGAGGCGCAAAUGGUGAGACGUGUAAAGGCGUAUCUUGCCAAUAUGAAGGUGAUAACAGAUGAGGAACGAUUGCAUGCGCUCUCUGUCGAAUGCGAGCCACAUGCCGGUACUGUGCCAGCUGUGGCUGCUGCACCACACGGCGGCAGCAGAGGAAGACGACAUCCUUCGCCGACUUUGUCGACAACCAGUAGCGCCAGUAGUACAAGUGAGGGCAGAAAAAGUAUUCAAGGUACAAAAUUCGGUGCAGCCUCUCCACAAGCUGUUCGAAAAAUGCUAGCUCUCUCUGAUCCCCAUAAGACUCGCCCCUACCAGCCGAAACACUGUCCUCCCAUCCACCCAGUUCCCGGAUUAACCCUCCACGCGAGUGGCCUCGAGCCCAGUCCUGGCGCGCCAAGGAGGGUGGCCGCCGGUACUCGGGUGCCAAUGCACGAGAGAUCCCACAGUGACACUCCAUCCGGUCUUCCACCUCCCGUUGACCUGAGCGCUGAGAGCAGCAGUGUCACCAGUCUCAGCAAUCUUCAACCUCUGAGAAAAACAUUAACAAGUGGUUCUGUAACAAGCAGCGACAGUGGUCACAGUACACAGUUGGACAGUCACAGUGGUAGCAGCGUGGAAGCCGGUGGAAGCCCACCACUACCACAGAGGCGACACUCCUCCAUGCAAGGACCCAUUCGAGGAGGACUGCCCCCUUUCCCUCAUGCAGUAGCAGUGCUACCUCCGCUUCCUGCUGCCCAGAACCACAAUCAUCUUCAUCAUCAUGCUCAUCACCAUCAGCAACACCAUAACCAACAAUCCCAACUUCCUGGAGGUACUGGAGGACCGGGAAUGAACGCGGGACAACAUCAUAGUGGAGGAACAUAUCUGAUGACUAAUAAUAUGAUGACAAAUCCAAUGAAUAUGAUGAGAGCUGGACUGGGAACGGUACAGUGUCGUCAACCACCUGCGUACAAAGUAGCUGCACAGAUGGCCAGAUUACACAGACUAGGUCGUGCUCACAGCCACGAAGGAGUUACCUACCGCACCAAUCACGAUGAUGAUGACGAGGAUACUCAAGUGUCAGCAGUCUAACUGGCUAUGAGAGAACAAAACCUCGCUUAAGUCUUCUAUAUUUUCUAUUUAAUCCCUAUGGGAGGAAACAAGAGAACCGAAUCUGUUAAAAUGUAAUGUUUACUUGAGUACAAAAAUGAUAAGAGACUAAAACACAUAAAUUCAUAGGAAAGGGAACUGAUAGUCUUGCCAAAAAUUUACGUGCAGGAUUAGAAAUACGUUUUUUUUAUGGAGAGACCCGAUUCGUUCAUUUUUAGGGACCUUUUGUUUUUUUCAAACAUUUUAUUCUGAAAAAUUCAUCACGGUAUUGACUAUUUAACAUUAAUAUCUCGAUUAUCAUGUAUCGUAUCCACGAAAAAAGGCAUGAAAUUUGAGAAUAAGUGAGAUAUUAAAUAAAAUGGGAGUGAAGUAAUGGUUUUUUCAAUCAUUACAACGUCAUCACCCAUAAAUGUGUAAUAAAUUGAACCCAAAGAUGUUAUAUAUCGUGUAAUGUCGAGGCACGUGAAGGCGUCUGUAUCAUAUUAAAUACUAGUACCGAAGCCCUUUUAAAACUACGUAACUAUGUAAGUUGGUGUAAAUAACCCGAGUAAAUAUAGAUAAAUCAAGCCGAAGAGAAGAUUAUAGGUUUAUUCCGUAAAAUUACGAGUCGUCCCCCUGCAGUUAAUAUUUUUAUUUUCAUUAAUAGAAGAAAAACAAUUAUGGUAUAAGACAGGCGUAACAGAACGUAUUUUCAAGGAGAUUAAUUUAUUUAUGCAUGGUGAGAAGGUUAAUGCAGACUGCGAUCUGUGAACGAUGAAAAUUUUGUUAUUUUAUCAAUUUUUUUUAUAUGUAUAGUAAAUAAUGACUUAAUUAGAUGUCAGUGUAUUCAUAGGAAGGAAAAAAGACCACUGUAAAACGGACCUAAUUACAAUUGAGCAAUACUCAACAUCAACGUCCGCCGGCCGCGAUUGAGACAAGCUGCAAAUUUAUUAUGAUGUUAUCGAUGUUUUUAAUUCAUAAUAUCGUAUUAAUGGAUGAUUUUCAUUUUUUAUAAAUUUUGAAGAAAUAACCCGAUUCAAUUUAAUAUCAAAAGAGCUCAACUCGUAGAAGGAUUCCUUCAUUGUUGGGAUUCAUCAUCAAUCAAUGAUUUUAUGCAAUGAAAAUAUUCAUCGAAAGCAGAUGGAGAAUAAAAAACAGAAUCAGUUAACAGUGCAUUAAUCCUUCUAUCAGUAUUCGUAAACACUUUGGGGAGAUGAUUAGAACUCUGUUGGACUUAUUGAUAAGCUUAUCCUUUAUAUCACCCUCGAAUUAUCUUAUUAAACAGAGUUAGUGUUUCAAGGACUUACAUUAUGUAUAACAAAACGUAAAUAUUAUAUAUCCUUGUACAUAUCUCUCAUCAUUUGAUGUAUUAUUUAGGUAUAUUCAUGGACCAUCCGAAUCCUUUCUCUCGCCUGUUGUUACUCAAUGCAAAUUCUCCCACUCAUCCCCUGUACGUUGACUUUGGUAUCAAUUUUACAUUAUACAUUUUCUUUCUACUGACACAUGGACGUUUGUCCAUCAUUCCAAAUGCAUCGUCAGCUUCAGCAGAAGAAACAUGUACUGGGUAUCAUUUGCGUAUUGGCGGGCAAACCCUGAAUAAUUCAUUGAGGUUCUCCGGUUUAUAUUUUUACAUGAAAAACCAAACAGAGGCAGAUGUUUAUGAAAAUCCGGAAAAUUGACAAAACUUGACUAUAGAAUCACUGUUUUAAUUUUUGUAACUGGAAUGGUAAAGAGAUUGUGACAAUGAACACAAAAAAAUAGAUGGAGAUGGAGGAAAGUGGGGAAAAGUCACUCGGAAACCUUUUGUAUUGAUUUUUGUUUAAUAAAAAUCAUCAAACUGUA